GGUCGAAUUGAUCAAUUGUAGUUUCGAUUCACAAUCGGAUUUCCUUAGUCGACCCAUGACUGACCUCCCACCAAAGAUGGCGUGAAAAGCGAAACCCUGAAGAAAAAUGGCUAGAAACCCACAACGAAGGCAUCAAACCAACCGACGAUGACAAAAGCAAACCAAGAAAAUUGCCAGCUAGCCAAAAAACUGGAGAUGAUAAGGAAAGGAGCUUCAUAAACGAGAAACAACAAAGAAGUACCGUGCUACUUUCCUUCUUACCCUACAGUAUAUUGCAGAAGUAAAGACGAUGAUUAGUCACCGAGGGAUUAUGAGAUUCCUAUCUUCCGACAAUCCACAACUCCUUUUGUGGCUGCUUGCAACAGUGGCGUCCAUUCCCAUGGUGCAUGCCGCCGAGAUUGUUCCCGGACUGAAUCUCGUUCCGAACAGCGUUGCCUGCUGCCCGACAAUUCCCCUGGUUGGCCCGGCCUGGAAGCUUGAGCUCACCAGAGCUGCACUACAAACGUCUGAGCAUCAGGAUGACUUCCAACCGUGCUCCUUCUAUCCUGCUCUGAGCCGUCCAAUGGUGGUCGCCUUUCAACCCAACGGAAAUAUCAAUGGAUGGGGAGACAACAAUGCCUGCCAAUCCUUUCAGGGGGCUUACCAACUAGUUGCGCAAGAAGAUCAUGGACCUUUCCAUUUUGGGUUUCGAUGGAACCGAUGGAAGAUGCAACCCUUCUCCUCCUGCACUUUGACAACCAACGAACAUGCCUUUAUGAGCGGUCGCAGUAGCACUAGCAAUGCCGUCCAGUGUGAGCCAAGCGACAUGGAUCAGUUUUGGAGUCGCUUAUCCAAUGGUGUCACCACCUUGGUUCUGACUGGCCGUGCCAACAUGGAAUUACAAACACGAACGGGAGAAACACUGGUCCUGCUGGAAGCAUUGGAUGAUUCUUAUCUCUGCCAGGCCCUGCCGGGUCAAGAUGAGGAGAAUCCGGAAGUAUGUGACCCCGAUGUAAGCAUUCCCCACUUGGGAUUGACCGACAAUAUACUGCAUGACUAUCUGGCAAUGGGAGACAAGGAUGGGGAAGGAGAAUUGAGAGAACAGAUUAGCUCCCGACCACGCAGCAGUGGUGGUAGACAUUGUGAGAUGUCGUUGGUCGCCAAAACAUUUUUGGUUGCUCUUGCCACUGCAACAACUAUUCGGCACAUCUUCUUAUGGUAGUAGCAGCACGCCACGACAGCCUGCAACAACAAGAUGAGCGAUGCAUGGCGAGCUUGUGUCAGUCUUCACGGCUUUCACUUGCUCGACUGUUUUAACUUAAGAUGAAUCGAGCGAGGAGGACGACGUCUUCGAUAUAAGGUACCUUCUCGCCAGUGUCCAUCUUUCUGUUGGAGGUUCAGAGGUUGCCUGGCUAGAGAUACUGUUGUCCGCCGCAGUAGCCGCAGAGCGAAGCACUAGGUACCUGAAGCAAGCUGACCAAGCCACACUGAAGUCCAAUGUCUGCUUGUUCAGAAGUGAGCUCUCUGUGAAGAGGAGGAAGUCUCAGGUCGAGAGGUUCUACAGUUCCUGGGUUGUAUCCUUUUAUGAGCGAGUCAUUUUACCGUAGCUAGUAGACACUAUUAUAGAGUAGCCGCCU